AUGACUACUCUAAAGCCACAACUCAUUCGUGCAGAUACGCUCGACCUGCAAACCCAAACCUCGCCCUCCGCAAAAGAUCAUACCAGACAGCCCACGCAUCCUUCACCAGUUGGUCUAGGCCCUGCUGCGCCUCAUCAGAUUCAAUCAUUGCGAAAUGCAGAACAAGAUGCUUUACAAGAACAAAUGAACAGUCCUCUGGUGGCUCACCACCAUGACCAGGGCGAUUUUACCGAGGAGCCAGAAUUUUACGAUGACCAACAGGAUGAGGCCCAUGAUGGACUCCAGCCUCAAGACGGACAAAACGCUGGUCAACACGUCGACGAUUCUGGCGUCGACGAUAGCGACAUCGGAGACCAGGGCGAUGAUGACGGCAUGGAUGAUGACAUGAUGGACAAGAUCUCCAGUUCUCCUUCCAUCGAUGAUGGUAAAUAUCCCUUUUCUAUUGUCUGGCCGUUCCGCAGGGACUCCAUUGAUUUAGGAGUGGCCCAUUCUUCUUCAUCUGUUCCUCCCGACGAGCCUCCAUCCUCGUCCUCACCUUAUGUUUCACCCCCUGAACAUUAUCCCAUCAAUUUCCGCAAAGUCAGGGAGAAAGUACCGGACAGUCAUCAUCAUGGUGGGUAUACUGGGCACACCCUGGACGUAUCCGACACUGCGUCACCUUCGAGUGUGGAGAACAUUGUGAAUGCAAAUUUGGCCCGUUUCCAAGAGACAGAUGAUGUAAUGGACGACUCUGAAGAAGGGCUCGAUCUCAAUGACAUCGAUCGCUACUUGGUUCCCCUUGACGAUCCAUUACUUAAUGUGGAUGAAGAGGCGGAUUCUGAAUUCACUGAAGAUGGGAAUGCCGAUGACCUCGAUUGGGAAGACGACGAAGCCACUGUGACCGAGGAAGCGGAUACGAGCUCAGAUGAUGACACUGGCAGAUUUCUCUUCACAAAUGAUUCACGUUUCAUUGAUUCUGGUUGGGGAGGCGAAUGCUUACGAGAAGUAGAAGACAUCGACUUCGAAUUUGUGUAUGCUCUUCAUACAUUCGUGGCAACGGUGGAAGGGCAAGCCAAUGCAACAAAAGGCGAUACCAUGGUCUUGCUGGACGAUAGCAACAGCUACUGGUGGCUAGUAAGAGUGGUCAAGGAUGGUAGCAUUGGUUAUUUGCCCGCCGAACAUAUUGAGACCCCAACCGAGAGAUUGGCUCGCCUCAACAAGCACAGGAACAUUGAUCUAUCGGCGACUAUGCUUGGUGACAAUCCUGAGAAGUCAAAGAAUCCACUCAAAAAGGCAAUGAGACGGCGGAACGCGAAAACAGUCCAAUUUGCGGCCCCCCAAUAUUAUGAACCCUCGGAUUUUGAUUAUUCAGAUGAUGAGGAAGGCAUUGAAGGAGAUCCCGAGCAGGGCGACUACGAUCUCGGCUCCAAUGAUCAGAACGUUGCACAAGGAGAAGAUGUCGAAGGCGAUGGAAUUGCACCUACCGGUAUCAAGACGCAGCAGGACGGAGAAAUUAUGGAUGGCAUUCAGACAACAAAUGGUGCUGACAACUCUUAUGAGGAGAAGCUGAACAGUCCCCAGAAGAGAGGAAAUUCGGAUGAGAUCAACCCAGAUGAGCGUCCGGAAGAUCCAAAUGCAAGAUCCAGGAGAGGAUUGGUGCGGAAUACUGAUUCGUUCUUCAAGGAUGAUGGCGUGGAGACAAAAAAGAUCUCACUUACUCCAAGACUUUUACGAGGCGACUCGGAUCUCAAUAUUCCUGGUCAACAGCCAGAUCUUAAGCCUAAAGGCAGUCUGGAAACCUUUGAUAAAGUUGUAUCCUCUGAAUCAGACAAGUCAAGCGACGAGAAGAAGAAAAAAGAGAAAAAGGGGAUGCUUGGCGGAUUCUUCAAGCGAAAGGACAAAAAAGCCAAAAUCCAAGACAACGAAUCUGAAGAUGGGAAAAAGGGUUCAGACGAGUUGUCUCGAGUCUCGCCACAAUCGAAGAAAUCCUCGGAAUCGCUUACUCAGGACGCAAAACCCGUCAAGGGAGAGAAAGCGCCACAACGACAGACCAGCAAACUGCAGAAGCAACCACGGCCUCAUGUAUCGCCAAAGACUUCGCCGUCCAAGGAGAAUUUCCAAAGGCCUGAGCAAUCACCUCACCCUAGCAUGGAAUCAACCAUGUCCCCUUCUUCACAAGACUCAUCAUCCACUCCAUCGACAGUGCGGUCGCCAGCAGCAGAACAAUCCAGGACACAAGAAAAUAUCUCUCCGCGUAUUGGUUCACCCGAAGCCAGACAAGAUAGGGCUGCCUCGCCCAGUCAAAAUAAUACCAUAUUUUCCCCCUUGACAGAUGCUCUGCAGCCAGCUCCCGUCCGUUCUCGAAGCAAGGAUCUUGACGCCCAACCUAAAGCAGUACCUGCCAAACAAGUGAAGAAUCGCUUUGACAUCGAAGACAUGAAUUCUGACGAGGACGCUACGCCCACUGUCGAAGCUGAGCAAGUCAGACAUAUGCCGCCAACCUUGGUCACUCCAUCCUUGGAGCAGUAUCAAGAGCGCCUCUCCGAAUCACCAAUUGAGGUGUCACCGAUCGAGCCUUCCCAAAACCACAAGUCCUCUUCCGGAUCGCGGCCACCAAUGUUGAUGGUCGAUACCUCUGAUUCCGAGCGAAGAUCCGUCUCCCCCGUCUCGCCAACAUUAUCUUCAUCGCCCUCACUGGUAGAAGCCGAUGCUGAAACCCCCAAUGGAGCAGAGGAGUUAACCAACCCUACCGCUUCCUCGCCUCAUGCUGACGCUCACACACCUUCCACGGCGCGAUCAACACCCACGUGGUCUGAUGCAUCUCUCCGGACCUAUAUGGACAAUGACGACGAUAUUCGAGACUUACUCAUAAUCGUACAUGACAAGUCUAAUGUUGUCCCGGCUGGACCAGAUCACCCCAUCACUGGCCACCUGUUCGGUGCAGAGAAAGGACGCUUGGCAGAAAUGCAGUUAAAUCUUGAUUCGAUGCUAACCAACUGGCUUGCUCGGAAGAACCAGACCAGGCUAUCAAGAUGA